GGCGGAUAUUUUUCUCGUCAACGCAAUAUCCAGAUGUAGAAUUCACAUUAACAGAUAUAAAUUACAAGUCUGUGGCAAAAGUAACGAAAACUAGAAGUAGUGGAAUAAAAACAACACACUAGAAGAAGGUCAACCGGAAACGCCUGUACUACCCGGAAGUUGCUGCAAGUGCCUGGACUUGCCAUCAGUUACUGUUGCUUAGAGGGCCCCAGCUAGAUCCUUGGCGCGAUACACAGAUCUGGCAUAAGACAUCAGCCAUCAGGACUCAUCGGUCUGGGCACCAAGAUGGAGUCUGAUAAAUCCCUACUAUCAGCGGGGCAUAAUACUGAAAUGGAAGAUGCUUUAUAUGAACAGAUGUUGUUGAAGGCGAAAGAAGAAAUAGAGCGCAGAAUACCAAGUGUUCCAGAGUCUAAACAGAUACGACCGCAGCCAGGGUUCUGUAUUAAGACCAAGACAUCUAAAGACACAAAGAUUUUCAUCAACAUCUGCAAGUCGAGUCACAUCCCAGCACCUCCAGAUCUCAACGAGAGGGAACUGGUGACGAUUCUGGAGUCUGAUGAUCCGUCUGGGUAUCGGGUUCCCAUGAGCAUUGGAGAGCCGCACGUAGAAGUGGACAACAGUGGUGGCGGAUGCACAGCCUACGACAUCGUUAUAAAUAAUUCCUUCUUCGACAAGAUCAAGGGUAACGAGCUGUUCAGGGAAUUCUUCAUCACGGUGGCAAUGGAAGGUCUGGAAAACAAGUACGAGCUGGAGCUCUCUAGAGAGUGGAGGAUGCUGAAGAAUCGCAAGUUCAUGGGAUCCGUCUUCGAGCAAAACAUCAGAACCCAAUCCAAGCCCAUUAUCCAAGAAAUGAACCCAAGUAAUUCACAGAAUUCUCAGCCUAAGACGCUGAUUUCCGAGAUUCAGAGUUCAGCAGUUGUUCCUGAGUACACGCUCGUGGCAGAACCACCUGAAGGUCACCCAAGCUUUAUCGUGGCAGAGAUCUCCUUGCCCAAAGUGGCCUCUGCCAGGUCUCUGGUUCUCGACCUCGGAGAAGAUAGGAUAGUAUUAUGGGGCAGACCUGAUUUGUACCAUUUGGAUAUCUUUAUCCCUUAUAACGUUGUCCAAGAGGAGUGUGGCGCCCAGUUCAAUAAGGCCAAUAAGGUGCUGACGAUCACAAUGCCAGUUCAACCAGUCUAAGAAGAUCACCUGGGGAGAUCUAGCUUCUGACCCUAUGCCUACAUAUUGAUCCAGUGGAUCCAAAAACUCCGAUCACUUUUCUAAAAAGUUCCGCUAGCCCUUGAAAUGGCGUAAAUUCAGUUCAAAGGAGGCGUCAGGCGCAUAAACCUGUAUAAUAAACACAUUUCUUCA